AUGCGCAGGGCGCUGCCACCGCCCCGCCGCCGCUCCCACCGCCCCCCUGCCCCUCCGCUCUCCCCCUUCGGGGCAUCCCCCGCCCCGGUACCCACCCCGCUCGGCUCCCCCCCUUCCCUCAGAGCCUCACCCCACCCUGCCCCAUUCCCCUCCCUCCGUCAGAUGACCACCGAGAGCGGCCAGCAGCAGCUGGAGCCCCCCGUCCCUCUCCGCUCCUGCAGCCCGGCUCCCGGAGCUCUCCAGAUGAGCCGGCCGCCCUCCUCCGCCCUGGAGACCUCCACCUCCUCUUCCUCCACCUCCACCUCCUCCUCCUCCUCUUCGGCGGCUGCGGCGUCCUCCAAGAGUAAGAAGGCCAGCUCGGGGCUGCGGCGGCCCGAGAAGCCCCCUUAUUCCUACAUCGCCCUCAUCGUCAUGGCCAUACAGAGCUCGCCCUCCAAGCGCCUGACCCUCAGCGAGAUCUACCAGUUCCUGCAGGCCCGCUUCCCCUUCUUCCGCGGUUCCUACCAGGGCUGGAAGAACUCUGUGCGCCACAACCUCUCCCUCAAUGAGUGCUUCAUCAAGCUGCCCAAGGGCCUGGGCCGACCGGGCAAGGGCCACUACUGGACCAUUGAUCCGGCUAGCGAGUUCAUGUUCGAGGAGGGCUCCUUUCGACGACGGCCCCGCGGCUUCAGGAGGAAAUGCCAGGCGCUGAAGCCCAUGUACCGCAUGAUGAACGGGCUGGGCUUCGGCGCCUCCAUCCUCCCUCAGGGCUUCGAUUUCCAGGCGCCCCCCGCCUCCCUCGCCUGUCACUCCAACGGCUACAACCUCGACAUGAUGCCCAACGCCAUGGCCAGUGGCUAUGAGGGACUCAGCGGCGGCCACCACGUCCCGCACAUGUCGCCCAACCCUGGCUCGACCUACAUGGCCAGCUGCCCUGUGACUGCCAACGGGGACUAUGGCCCUGACAGCAGCAGCAGCCCCGUGCCCUCCUCGCCGGCCAUGGCGAGUGCCAUCGAGUGCCACUCGCCCUACACGAGCCCUUCGGCUCACUGGACAACCUCGGGGGCCUCGCCCUACAUAAAGCAGCAGGGCCUCCCCGCCGCCAACGCCGCCUCCUCCGGCAUCCACUCCAGCGUGCCUUCCUACUCUCUGGAGCAGGGUUACCUGCAUCAGAGCCCCCGCGACGACCUCUCAGUGGGAUUGCCUCGCUACCAGCAUCACCCUUCCCCGGUGUGUGACCGGAAAGAUUUUGUUCUCAAUUUUAAUAGUAUUUCUUCGUUUCAUCCGUCCGCUAGUGGAUCUUACUACCACCAUCAUCACCAUCAAAGCGUCUGUCAGGACAUCAAGCCCUGCGUGAUGUGAAGGCAGCGCCCCAACAGAGACAAUUAGGUGGCAUUGAACAGAGCCGAGGUAUAGACGGACCCACGCAGAUUAAAUAUAAUGUGCACUCUGAUAGCAUUGAUAGUACACGAGUCACUUAGCAGAAUUACCUAAGGAAGUGGUGGUUUUUGUCCCACUCUAUCCCUUGAAGGACACGUACAGCCGAUAUAAUUCUCCAAAGCUCUUCCUAAAAGAAAAAUGCCUUCUGUGAUGUGUUAGUUAUGGUGGGCCAUAAGUGUCCUUAUUCCAAGUCUGAUCACCUUAAUCAAAAAAACACCUUUCUGUGACCUGCUAAAGAAUCGAGCUUUGGGAAAGGGACAGUUCAAUAUAUUCUUAUAGGAGAAAGUGCCUUUGAAUAGGAAAAAUAAGUCUCCCAGCUCAGCGCCUGCGAGGACUCCCCCUUCCGUUGCUGCUUUAGCAGGAAAUUUACUUCUUUAUUUUUGUCUCUCCCUAAACCCCACCAAGGACACUUUGUGUGGACUUCAGCACCGACCGAUCGAUAUUAU